AUGGUUGAUUUAGAUAAAUUUAUUUCAGAAAAUCUUACUCCCAGACCAAAGAAAAAUUCAUUGAGUGAUUAUUUAAAUUAUGUUAUUGACUAUGUGAAAAAUGUUAACAGGAAACCUGUCUAUAUUCAAUUUGGCAUUGGUGGAGGUUGUGGAUUAGUGUUAGGCUACAUUUUCUCAAAAACAUCCAGAUUAUUGUCAAUUGCUACUGGUGUUUCCAUAGUAAUUUUUCAAUUUCUCAUUCAUAAAGGAUACUUACGUUUUAAUGAAACUCAAAUUGAGAGGGAUGUCAGGAAUCUAAAAGAAUCAGUUUUAUCUGAAUUAGGUGUCAAUGAUUCUUCUAUAAUACCAAAAGGAAAGGAUUUUCAAACAUUUUUCAAGAAAAAUGUCUACACAUUUAGUGGUUUGGCAGCAGGAACAUUUAUAGGAUAUGGACUUUCUUAA